CCCGCGGCGCAGGUUCGGGUGAGAGGCGAUCGCGGCCGGAGCGGCACCGGGAGCGGCACCGGAGCGGGAGCACCAUGAUGGCCAACGCGGCCACCAUGCGGAUCCUCAUCAAGGGGGGCAAGGUGGUGAACGACGACUGCACCCUCGAGGCCGACGUCUACAUCGAGAACGGCAUCAUCCAGCAAGUGGGGCGCGAGCUGAUGAUCCCCGGCGGCGCCAAGGUCAUCGACGCCACCGGCAAGCUCGUCAUCCCGGGCGGCAUCGACACCAGCACCCACUUCCACCAGACCUUCAUGAACGCCACCUGCGUCGAUGACUUCUACCACGGCACCAAGGCAGCGCUGGUGGGGGGCACGACGAUGAUCAUCGGGCACGUCCUGCCCGACAAGGAGACGUCGCUGCUGGACGCCUACGAGAAGUGCCGCAGCCUGGCCGACCCCAAGGUGUGCUGCGACUACGCCUUGCACAUGGGCAUCACCUGGUGGGCGCCCAAGGUGAAGGCGGAGAUGGAGACGCUGGUGCGGGAGAAGGGGGUGAACUCCUUCCAGAUGUUCAUGACCUACAAGGACCUGUACAUGCUGCGGGACAGCGAGCUCUACCAGGUCCUGCGCGCCUGCCGCGACAUCGGCGCCAUCGCCCGCGUCCACGCCGAGAACGGCGAGCUGGUGGCCGAGGGAGCCAAGGAAGCGCUGGAUCUGGGCAUUACGGGGCCAGAGGGCAUCGAGAUCAGCCGGCCUGAGGAGCUGGAGGCUGAGGCCACGCACCGCGUCAUCACCAUCGCCAACCGGACCCACUGCCCUGUGUACCUGGUGAACGUCUCCAGCAUGUCCGCGGGGGAUGUCAUCGCCGCUGCCAAGAUGCAGGGGAAGGUGGUGUACGCGGAGACGACCACGGCGCACGCCACGCUCACCGGGCUGCACUACUACCACCAGGACUGGUUCCACGCCGCCGCCUACGUCACCGUGCCGCCGCUGCGCCUCGACACCAACACCUCCGCCUACCUCAUGAGCCUGCUCGCCAACGACACGUUGAACAUCGUGGCCUCGGACCACCGGCCCUUCAGCACCAAGCAGAAGGCCAUGGGCAAGGAGGACUUCACCAAGAUCCCGCACGGUGUCAGCGGGGUGCAGGACCGCAUGAACAUCAUCUGGGAGCGUGGCGUGGUGGGGGGCAAGAUGGAUGAGAACCGCUUCGUGGCCGUGACCAGCUCCAACGCUGCCAAGAUCCACAACCUGUACCCCCGCAAGGGCCGGAUCAUCCCCGGCGCUGACGCCGACGUCGUGGUCUGGGACCCCGAGGCCACCAAGACCAUCUCUGCCAGCACCCAGGUGCAGGGCGGGGACAUCAACCUGUACGAGAACAUGCGGUGCCACGGGGUGCCCCUGGUCACCAUCAGCCGCGGGCGCGUGGUCUACGAGAACGGCGUCUUCAUGUGCGCCGAGGGCACCGGCAAGUUCUGCCCGCUGCGCUCCUUCCCCGACAUCGCCUACAAGAAACUGGUGCAGCGGGAGAAGAGUCUGAAGCUGCGGGGUGUGGAUCGCACCCCGUACCUGGGGGACGUGGCCGUGGUUGUGCAUGCCGGGAAAAAAGAGACGGGGACGCCCCUGGCCGAUACGCCCACCCGGCCGGCCACGCGACACGGGGGCAUGAGGGACCUGCACGAGUCCAGCUUCAGCCUGUCCGGUUCUCAGAUCGAUGACCACGUUCCAAAACGAGCCUCGGCCCGGAUUCUCGCUCCCCCCGGGGGCCGGUCGAGCGGCAUCUGGUAGAGCCGGGGACCUGUCCCCCGAGUGAGGAGCAGGCGCCGCGCCCCCGGACCCGGGCCCGGCUCCGGCGGGGCUCCCCUCGCCGCGGGGGCCCCGCCCGGUCCCCGUGCUGCCGGCGGGGCCGUGCCGGCGGCGGGGCCGUGCGCGGGGGCCGCGGAGGGCCGGGGGGCAGUGGGUGCACCCCGCCCCCCGGCCCUUUUCUGUUUGCACGUUGGAUUUGGAUCAGUGAAUUUUUGACUUGUUUGUGCAUCACGUGGAAAUACUCUGAAGUGGUUUGUGUCACUAGCGUAGGGGAGACGCAGGGACGACCCCCCCCACACACACACACCCCUUUCUGCCCCAUCCCUGAAGCCCGUCCCAAACCCACCCCCCCAUCCUGAGCCCAUUCCUGCCCCUUCCAUCGCCAGCUCUCCGUCCCCCAUCCCUGACCCCCCAUCUCCAUCCCUGACCCCCCAUCCCCCAUCCCUGACCCCCCAUCGCCAUCCCUGACCCCCCAUCUCCAUCCCUGACCCCCAUCCCCAUCCCUGACCCCCCAUCCCCCAUCCCUGACCCCCCCAUCUCCAUCCCUGACCCCCCAUCCCCCAUCCCUGACCCCCCCAUCUCCAUCCCUGACCCCCCAUCCCCAUCCCUGACCCCCCAUCCCCCAUCCCUGACCCCCCCAUCUCCAUCCCUGACCCCCCAUCUCCACCCCUGACCCCCCAUCUCCAUCCUGACCCCUCCUUCCCAGCCCCCCAUUUCCUGCUCUCCAUCCCCCACCCCUGACCCCCCAUCUCCACCCCUGACCCCCCAUCUCCAUCCUUGACCCCCCAUCCCCAUCCCUGACCCUCCAUCCCCCAUCCCUGACCCCCCAUCUCCAUCCUUGACCCCCCAUCCCCAUCCCUCACCCCCCAUCCCCCAUCCCUCACCCCCCAUCUCCAUCCCUGACCCCCCAUCCCCAUCCUUGACCCCCCAUCUCCAUCCUGACCCCUCCUUCCCAGCCCCCCAUUUCCUGCUCUCUGUCCCCCAUCCCUGACCCCCCAUCUC